CGUACUCUAGCACUAGCACUGCACUGCAAACACCCAAAACAGCCACUCCCGAUAUUUGCCUCUUUGUGAUCGGCCCUACCUCUUUCUUUCUCCUUCUUACUGUUUAAUUGCUGUGGCCCAAAACCAAUUAGUCUUGCUGGAUUAUAAUAGAGUGUGACUACAGUGAUAUGCUUACUAGACCAAAUACAUUUAUUGAUGACACGUUGCAUACAAGCACCAAAAGUAUGAUGACCAUCUUGCGAAAAUUUAAGACAUCGCUCUUCCUGGUGACAUUUGUAGGAGCCGUAACUAUCAUCGUCGGAAUUUUAUGUGGUUUGCAGACACGCCCAGUCCGCAAACGUGCCGAGUUUUCGCUGUCGGUAGAUGAUAAAACAGAGGAUGAUUUAUCCUCCAGUCACUUUUUGCCAGAACAGGAUGUGUCAAAAGGUACAUAUAUGGGGCAGCGACAGAGAAAUGCGUCACAUACCAGAACUGCAGGAAUACAUGGACAUUUUCAAAAAGAGCAAUCUACCUCUAGGAGCUACGGACCUCGAUUGUGUUUCUGAGGGGUACGACUGUGACAUCGUCCUCACCAUGGGUGGUAAUGUGGACUACCUUGAGGGAAAAGACGCGGUUGUCUUUGGAUUGGUUCCCACGGAGUUCCGCGGAGAAGGGACUGAACAAUUCAAGAAGUUGUUGGGAUUGCGACCGGCUCCAGGUCAGACGUGGAUAUAUUACAGCACAGAGCCGCCGCUACGUGUACUCAGGUGGACCAGAGACCUCGACCUUAUGCGCCUCAAGUAUCAUGUCCUUAUGACCUAUGAUUUGGAUUCAGAAAUAGUCGUUCCUUUUGGUUACUACCGGCCCUUUGAGACAACAGGUGUUAAUGCGAGCUCCAACCGGGCUUUGGAGACAGCCCAUCUCCAAGAUCCACUCUCGGGAAAGGAAGGCAUGAUAGCGUGGAUGGCCAGCAACUGCAAAGCGUUCUGGCCACGUACGGAAUUCAUCAGUCAAAUGAGGGAUGUGCUCCCACUCGAUGACUAUGGUAGAUGUGGUCGGAAAGAGUGCCUCCCAAUACGAUCCGAUGAAUGCAACAAACUUAUGGCACGCUAUAAAUUCUACUUCGCCAUUCCCAAUUCUGAGUGUAAAGACUACAUCACGGAAAAGUUCUGGCUCCAGUCGCUGUCCUACGGCACGGUGCCGGUCGUAGUUGGCUCGCGGAAGGAAUCUUACCAGGCGGUGGCACCUCCGAACUCCUACAUUCAUUUCAGCGACUUCAAAUCCAUCGAUGAAUUAGUGGACUACCUAAAUCGCCUCGACAAAGACGACGAGGCCUAUCGCAGGUUCUACGACUGGCGAAGUCAAGGAGAAGUGGUGCUCACCUUCCCGACACGCCCUACAAUCUUCUGUAAAGCCCUACCCAUCUCCAUGAGAAACGAGAUGUGAAGCCGUACAAGUAUCUUGGCGAUUCACCCUGGUUCAAAGGUUGUAGGAUGACUCCAGACAGAAGAGUGUUUGAUCUGAGCAAACAAGAACAGGAGACUUUGUCUAAAUUUGAAAAUGGUCGGUAUGGCGAUGACUGAAAAUUGAAUGUUUGACUGUUAAGAUGAAAUGAUUAUAUCAUCGUUAUUAGAAUUAUAUCGUCACAAACUUACCCAUUUCCAUCGCGUCCUCUCAGACUCACGUAUAUAGCAGGAACGUCUCCAAUGUAGUCAGUGUCGUCAGUACCCCCAGACAACUACCCCUAGGACAACUACCCCCGGAUAACUUUCCAUAGGACAACUACCCACCUAUGAUAGUUGCCUGGGGGUAGUUGUCCUAGAGGAUGGUUGUCGUAGGGGGUAGUUUACGGGAGGUUAGUGGUCCGGGGAUAGUUGUCCCAGGGGGUAGUCGUCCUAGAGGGUGGUUGCCCUAGGGGGUAGUCGUCCUAGAGGGUGGUUGCCCUAGGGAGUAGUUGUCCUAGGGGGUAGUUGACUGGGGGUUGUUAUCCGCGGGGUGGAUGUCCAGGGUGUAGGUGUCCUAGAACCGUCCGCACGCAAUAUGUUAACUUGUUUAAAAGAAAACGUUAUUGUAACCCGUCACCGGGAUAACUGUUUGAAUUGUCUAGUCUUUGAUAAAAAGAUCUGUGCUCCAUUAUGUUUUACACUUCAAAACACAUUUGACUAAUAAGUUUCUAAUUCUGUACACAGUUUCAUAAGAAAAAAGGCAUACAUAACGUGCUAGUCAUGGAAUAAUAUUUAUGACCAAUAAAUAGAAAUAUGAACAAAUAAACUUCAAAUCAUGUUCUGUUUACUAUUUACCAGAUUUACGUCAUGAAAUAAUAAAUUUUUCUGACAGAGAAAUGCAUGUAAUAUUCAAACAA